AUGCAAAUUUCGACGUUCCAAGCGUCUCAGCUGAAGAAAGAUGGGGCGAACAGCUGGACGGCGAAGCUUGUCCGUCCAGUGAUCGUUGAUGGAGUCCUUCCUGUUGUCUUCUCUGGACCUCCUGAGGCCGUCUUCUUUGCUCCAAUUGCGGGGCAAGCAAGUAAGCACUGCUCACAUAAAGUUCCCGAAGCUGAGCUAAAGCGGGAUAAACGAAGAAGAAGGCUCGGAUGGGCAGCGAACGGUGCCACGGACCGCAUUGGGCCGGGAAAAGGCCGGAGUCUCGCAUUUGGCAAAUUUCGAACCCUGCAGAACGGCUCUGUGAACCUUCAAGCUGCAGAGCUGCAGCUUACGACACUGGCCGAGAGUCCAUGCUCUGGUAUUGCUGUCAUCGUUCGAAUGCAAGCGCAUAUGGCAAAGCCUGCAUCGUCGUUGAAGUUGCCUGCGGAUUAUGUCGCAACUUUGUUGAACUGCCAAACUCUUCAGGGACUUGCCAAAAAUUUCACGGAAACGGCUACCGGCCUUAAAUUGAGGAAGGAAGGUGAAUGGAACAGCAUAGCCUAUACAGAUAUGACCGUAUGGAGUCGACUUCCGUCAUCCUCCAUGGUAUUUCUAUACUCACAGUUGAUGGCACGACAAAGCAUUCAAUGUGUCCGGGUUUACAUGCGCUAUCCUGGGGAUGGGUAA